GAUGGACUGACUGCUGUCGUGCAUGAUAUGCUUCUGGGCACAUUGUACGCGAGCAGCACCGGUAUCCUUUUCUGCAUCAUCGUCUACUUUCGCAUUAAACGCCAUCAAACCUUUGAGGCAGCUCAAUGCAGUGCAGGACCGGUUCCCUUUAUUGUAAAAUAUUCCAGUCACGGAGAACCAAUAAACCUUUACCUUCGGAUUGGUCUUGCCGGUACGUUUAGUUGCAUUUUAUUUAAUACCUUUGAUACUGUCUCCCAGUAA